UGAAAGUGUUUGAAGAAUUGAAGCUUCUUUAUCCAGCUACGGAUUUAAAAACUUUAUCCUAUGCUGAAAUUACAAAAAAAUUAAAAGAAAGAUUUGAUAAGGUAGAUUCAGAUAUCGUUUUGAGGCUUAAAUUCCGCAGACGCAUGCAAGGUGCAUGUGAAUCGGGCGAGAAUUUUAUACUUGGAGUGAAACUUUUAGCUGAGGCGUGUGAUUUUGGCGUUUUUCGUGAUUCUGCUAUUCGUGAUCAGCUUGUAUUUGGCGUGUACGACAAGGAAGUGCAGCAUCGUCUUCUACAGGAAGAUGAUUUAACCUUACGAAUGGCUGAAAAGAUUAUAAAAAAUAGAGAGAUUGCUACUACACGAGUGCAAGUUUUAAAUCAGGAUUCAGCAAUUAAUUCGGUGAAAUUUCGUUUAGGGAAUCGAGAUAAUAGAAGUGAUUUUCGAAACAUGGAUGAAAGAGGUAGGAGGAGAUCGCGCAGCAGAAGCAGAGAUCGUCAAGCGAAUCGAUACGUUAAUCAUCGAGAAAGGUCUCGAACUAACCAGCGGUCAACCAGCAGGGGUAGAUACAGCAAUUUUGUGUGCCAUUUUUGUAAUAAAAAGGGGCACAUCCAGAAAAAUUGCUACAAAUUCAAAAACACCCGAAGACAUUCGGUGAACUCGGUUGCUGAAACAAAUAAAAACGUGAAUGUGCAUGAUUAUUUUAAAAGAUUAAGAGUUGAUUAUGACACGAGCGAUAAUGAAUCAGGUGAUUAUCCUUGCGCUAUGAUAAAAUCCGUAAAUAAAGUGAGUGAACCUUGUCUCCUUGAUGUUAAUAUUGCAGGUAAAUUGUGCAAGAUGGAGGUAGACAGUGGGUCUGCAGUAACGGUAAUGAGCAAAGCGGAUUUUUAUAAGCGAUUAGGUCACAUUACAUUAAACCAAUGCAAAAAAAGGCUUGUGGUCAUAAACGGCUCUUCAUUAAAUGUUUUAGGGAAAAUACUAGUGAUAGUUUCACUGAAUGGAAAGUCUGUUCAGUUGGAACUCAUUAUCUUGGACUGUAGCCACCGUUUCGUUCCCUUAUUGGGAAGAGAUUGGUUGGACGUACUGUGUGAAGACUGGAGAAAGCAAAUUUCCAGUGUAUUUUCUAUAAAAUUCGAUAAUUGUUUUAGCAAUACUGAGCAAAUAAUAAGUGACAUGAAAUCAAAAUUUUGUAAAAUUUUUGACAAUGACUUCUCUUUACCAAUUUCUGGUUUUGAAGCUGAGCUAGUGAUAAAUGACAAUCAACCGAUUUUUAGAAAAGCGUAUGAAGUUCCUUACCGUUUGAGAGAUAAAAUAAAUGAGCAUUUGAAUGAGUUGGAACGAGUUGGAAUCAUAACCCCGAUAAAAACCAGUUUAUGGGCUUCGCCAGUGAUUGCAGUUAUAAAAAAAGAUGGCAGCAUACGGCUAGUAAUAGAUUGCAAAGUCUCAAUUAAUAAGGUUAUGAUUCCAAAUACGUAUCCAUUACCAACAGCCCAAGAUUUAUUUGCGUCAUUGGCUGGCUGUAAAAUUUUUUGUUCGUUAGAUUUAACUGCUGCUUACACUCAGAUGAAUUUGUCGGAGAAAUCCAGAAAAUAUUGUGUUAUUAAUACUAUAAAAGGACUGUAUAUAUAUAAUCGAUUGCCCCAAGGCGCUGCAUCGAGCGCGGCAAUAUUUCAGCAAUUCAUGGAUGGACUUUUAAAAGGAUUAGAUUUUGUUUUCGGUUAUCUUGACGAUGUGUUAAUUGCUGGAAAAAAUUUUAAGGACUGCAAGCAAAAACUACAGCUUGUUUUAGAACGUUUAGAAAAUGCAAAUGUCAAAGUAAAUGCUGAUAAAUGUAAAUUUUUUGUUACCACUUUACCAUAUUUAGGACACAUAAUUUCAGAAAAAGGCUUACAGCCAGAUCCACAAAAAGUAGAAACGAUUAGAAUGGCUAAAGUACCAGAAAACGUGACAGAAUUGAAAUCGUUUCUUGGAUUAAUAAAUUAUUACGGGAAAUUUCUUCCAAAUCUCUCGAUAAUGCUUAAUCCAUUAUAUAAUUUAUUAAAAAAAGAUACAAAAUUUUUAUGGACACCUAUUUGUGAUAAAACCUUUCAAGAAUGCAAAGAACGUUUACUUGAAACUAAAUUUUUAACAUUUUUUGAUCCGGACAAACCACUUGUUGUGUGUGCAGAUGCAUCUUCGUACGGUUUAGGUGGAUUAAUAGCUCAUGAAACAAAUGGAACAGAGUUGCCUAUCUGUUUUACAUCUUUUUCGCUCAAUACUGCUCAAAAGAAGUAUCCAAUACUUCAUUUAGAAGCUUUAGCUAUUGUAUCCACUGUUAAAAAAUUCCACAAGUAUCUGUUUGGGAAAAAAUUUACUAUUUACACCGAUCAUAAACCACUUCUGGGGAUUUUAGGAAAAUCUGGGCGAAAUGCUAUUUUUGUAACAAGACUCCAGCGUUAUAUAAUGGAGUUGUCCAUUUAUGAUUAUGAUAUAGUUUACAGACCGUCAGCAAAAAUGGCAAACGCUGACUUCUGCUCAAGAUUUCCUUUAAAAGAUGAAGUUCCCACGAAUAUUGAAAAUACAGUCAUAAAAAGCAUAAAUUUUGACAGUGCUUUUCCUUUGAAUUCAAAAGAUUUGGCCAAAGAAACAAAAAAUGACAAAAUUUUGCAACAAGUUUUGUUUUUUUUAAAGAGAGGGUGGCCUGAAAGAAUGGAAAAAUGUUUCAAAGAUAUUUAUUCUCAACAUCAUGACUUAGAAGAAGUGGAUGGUUGCUUGUUAUUUCAAGACCGUGUUAUAAUACCGGAAUCUUUGAAAAGUUUAAUGUUAAAACUUCUUCAUACAAACCAUAUAGGCAUCGUGAAAAUGAAACAACAAGCAAGAAGGUGUGUUUAUUGGUUCGGUAUUAAUCGAGACAUUGAAAACUUUGUGGGAAAUUGUGACAUUUGUGCUAAAAUGGAAGUAGUAAAAGAUAAAAAUAAAACUUAUGAAUGGACACCUACAAAUAGACCUUUUAGCAGAAUACACGCAGAUUUUUUCUAUUUUGAGCGACAAAUAUUUUUACUGAUUGUAGACAGUUAUUCCAAAUGGUUGGAACUUGAUUGGAUGAAAAACGGUACAGAUGCAGAAAAAGUAAUAAAAAAAUUUGUCAACUUGUUCUCCAGGUUUGGGUUGCCGGAUGUUAUUGUGACAGAUAACGGCCCACCGUUUAAUUCGCAGCAAUUCAUUAAUUUCUUUGAGAGGCAAGGGAUCCAUGUAAUGAAAAGCCCACCUUAUCAUCCACAAAGCAAUGGGCAAGCAGAGCGUUUAGUGAGGGUGGUAAAAGAAGUAAUGAAAAAAAUAUUAAUCGACCCAGCAUUUAAAAAUGUAGAUUUGCAAGACAAAUUAAAUUACUUCUUAUUCAAUUAUCGCAACACAGUUUUAUCACCUGACAUGGUUCCACCGUCUGAAAAAAUAUUAAAUUAUAGGCCAAAAACUUUAUUAGAUUUGGUAAAUCCAACUAAACGCUACAAAAAUAUGCUUAGUGAAACAUCUGCUGAAAGAGUUGCAGAAAUGCAAAAUUCAGAUAAGGAACACGGUGAUCCAUUUUCCAAUCUUACUACAGGUGACAAGGUUCAUUACAAAAACCCUAAUAAAAAUGACAUUUUAAAAUGGUUAGAUGGGGCAGAUAAAAUUGAAAAGGCUGGAUCAAAAGGGUCCCAAAUCAAUGAUGCGGUUGCAUGUACCGAUAGUCUCGGCGGUCGACCGAAGAUCAAAACGUCAACGGAGUGA